AUGAGUGAGCUCGCUGAUAACCCGGAGAGUCGGGGCCAUGCCAAGAAGAGAAGCGAGUCGAGUGAGACUGGGAGUGUCCAUUCAACCGACAGAAUUCUCGUCGAAACCCGCGAAGAGCUCGGGACUGGGAUUGCAGAGGCGAGCGCCAAAGUGUGGGGGAAAUACUCUCGCUGGGUGCUCUACAUCUCACUCGGAUUAGCUGCCUAUGUCUAUUCUCUCGAUUUGACCACGACCUACUUUUAUACCGCAUUUGCGACCUCGUCCUUUUCCCAUCACUCGCUCCUGUCGAGUAUCGAAGUCGCCGCCCAGGUCAUCCUCGCUGUUGGUAAACCCAUCAUUGCGCGCAUCGCCGACUUGCAAUCCAGACCGUUUGCCUAUGUCAUCGUCGUCAUCUUCUAUGUCCUCGGCUAUGUCCUCAUUUCCUCCUCCAAAGGCGUCAGUCAAUUUGCCGCCGGCAAAGUCUUUCAAUCUGCUGGCUCUGCCGGUCUCCAACUGCUCACCCAAGUCAUCGUUGCCGACUUUACCUCUCUCAAAUGGCGUGGCGUAGUUUCUUCGCUCAUAAUUGCCGCGUCAAUCACCACCAACAAUCCGACAAAUGGCUGGCGAUGGGGAUACGCCAUGUUCUCCAUCCUCAUCCCGCUCGCACUGGCUCCUGUCAUCUUUACGCUGGCAUGGGGAGAACGUAAAGCAAAAAGACUCGGCAUGGUCAACACCAAGCCGACUCACUCUGCCAUCGAAACGCACGACGGCCAACAGCGAGUUGGUCUACCGAAAAAGAUGUUGGGCUUUGCGCUCGAUAUGGAUCUGUUCGGCUUGCUCCUCCUCGGAACGGGAUGGGCGUUACUCCUCGUCGCACUCACACUCUCUGCGGGUGCCAAAGGCGGAUGGAACAAUCCAUCUAUCAUUGCAAUGAUUGUCGUAGGCCCGCUCAUUAUCAUUGCCUUUGCCGUCUAUGAAGCCAAAUGGGCCCCGUUCCCGGUCAUUCCCGGCCACUUUUUGCGCAACCGUGCAGUAUUUGGCGCAGCACUCAUCGGUUUCUUCGAUUUCGUCUCAUUCUACCUAACCUUUCUCUACCUCUCCUCAUUCCUCUACGUCCUCAAGACGCCCGCAUGGACACAGGAAGACCAAAACUAUUUCGCUCAAACGCAAACUGUCGGACUCACACUCUUUGGUAUCUUGGCGGGUGUGCUUAUGAGAUGGACGAGACGUUACAAGCUCAUCCUCAUCAUCGGUCUCUGUAUUCGAGUACUCGGUGGGUCGACAAUAACAAAACGUAGCGACGGAGAACUUGUCAUGACCCAGAUCCUCCAGGCGUUUGGUGGUGGCUUUGCAGCUGUCUGCUCUCAGGUUGGCGCACAGGCGAGUGUGUCCCAUAAAUACGUUGCAAUGGUCACCGCUAUUGUUCUUCUCAUCACCGAACUUGGAGGAGCGAUUGGUAGCGCCAUCGGUGGCGCUAUUUGGACGCAUCUCAUGCCAUCCAACCUACGCAAAUACCUCCCAAACUCGACUGAAGAAGAACGAAUGACACUCUUCGGAUCCAUCAUCAGCAUCGUCGCCCUCCCACCCGACGACCCAACGCGCCAGGGAGUUAUCCACGCCUAUUCUGACACCAUGCACGUCUUGAUCAUCGUUGCGCUCGUGUUUGGCUUGAUCCCCAUUUUGAUCGCACUGACCAUGCCAAACUUUUAUCUUGGCGAUGCUCAAAAUGCCGUCGAUGGGUUGGAUAUUGCUGGACGAAAAGUCGAGGAACCACAAGAGGGUUCACCAUCCGGUGCGGAUGCGCCGGUCGCUUCGACUUCAGCCGGCGGGUCAGCGGGCAAAGGAAGCGCGGUUUAA